AGCAGAAACAUCUAGCCAAUCGGAGGCUGCCCCGCCAUUUCAAGUAUUCGGAAUCCCCCACACUGAUGGCGACAUGCUAGGGCACAGCGAUUGGGCACAGCGAUUGGCCUCUUACAUGCCAACCUCAGGGCCCGUGGGCGCCAAGGUGUUGCUCUGAAAUAUCGUGUCCUAGACUUCCACUAACUUCCUGUCGCCCUGUCCUCCUCAAACUUCAAAGAUGCCGCUUCAUUCGAUCAUCAGCUCAUGGAAUGCAAGGGCGCGCGCACAGCGAAGCGCCGAGCUUCAAGCCAAUACCGGCAAGCUCGAAUGGCGUUUAAUAGAGGUGUUCUCCAGGAUGUGGGAUCUUGGCUUCACUGCGUUUGGAGGACCACCUGUACACUUUCAGAUCCUCCAUCGACGUUUCGUGGAGGGUCUGGGGUUUGGUGGAGGCAGCAAGUGGAUUGAUGAGCAGACGUAUCAAGAGAUCUUUGCCAUUUGCCAGGCGUUGCCAGGACCAGCCUCCACCAAGAUGGUCUUCACGAUAGCAAUGAUACAUGCAGGUCUCGUCUCAGCUGUAUUUGCCUUCUUGUUGUGGAGCCUACCGGGUGCCAUUGGAAUGUACGCUCUGUCUCUUGGUGUGCAAAAGAUGCCGGACCGACUACCCCCAAUCGUAUACGCGUUGCUGAGUGGUAUGAACGCGAGUACAGUCGGUAUUAUCGCUCUGGCUGCUGUGCAGCUUGCGCAGAAGGCCAUCCAGGACCGCCUGACCAGAAUCUUAGUCAUUUUUGGAGCAUGUGCUGGCAUCUGCUACAAUGCUCUAUGGUAUUUUCCAGUUCUAAUUGUUGUAGGUGGCGUAAUCACUGUGCUUUGGGACACUUGGCUUGCGCAGAAGGUGGGUAAGGCUAAGGCUAAGUUAGAAAGUAAGAGAAGGAGGGCUCGCGACGAAGUAGGAGAUGCUGAGGAGACAGCUGCAUCGCAAGACAGCCAGCCCGUACAGGAACCGCAAGUCCAGCGCCCGGAAGCCGUGAAGCGGAGAGCACAAGGUGGCAGUUCUACAGACCGAAUUGUUGCGGCGUCAGAGCGUAGCCAACCUGAUAAUCGAAGAAGCGCAGAGUUUGAAACCACCGACUCAACUCCAGUCGCUGACAUCAAGACUCACAAUAUCUCCAUCAAGCUCGGCGUCUCUUUGAUUGCGGGUUUCUUUGCUUCUUUCCUGGUCGUUAUGAUCAUUCGUGGUACUGUGGACAGCCGCACAUUGAUCUUCGACCUUUUUGCCAACAUGUACCUAGCUGGCACCAUCAUCUUCGGAGGAGGACCCGUUGUUAUUCCUCUCCUGCGCUCAUAUGUUGUAGAUCCGGGCUGGGUCUCACCACGCGACUUCCUUUUGGGUCUUGCCAUUAUUCAAGCAUUCCCGGGACCGAACUUUAAUUUCUCCGUGUACCUGGGAGCUUUGGCUAUCGCAUCAACGGGCACACCGACGUUUGUCGGAAGUCUGCUCUCUUUCCUUGGGAUCUUCUUCCCUGGCUUGAUUUUAACGGUCGGUGUGCAGUCACUCUGGCAGGUCAUGAGAACCAAAGCUUGGGUACUGAGCUUACUGCGAGGUAUCAAUGCUGCAGCUGUGGGACUGGUUUUCACUGCGGUUUACCGGCUAUGGGAGAUUGGAUACCUCACGCCAGAAAGGAGUGAUGGCAUAAGCCUUGCACAGGAGCCGUGGUGGGUUGUUGUUGCGACUCUGACUUAUGCAGAGACUGCCUGGUUCGGCGUGCCGCCAGCCGUGGCCAUCAUAUUCGGUGCGGUCCUAGGUCUAGGAUGGUACGGUGCAGUGGGGCAAUAAUCUCGGGCUCGGGUUGAGGUAGAUUGAGUGUACGGUAGAACAUAUCUUUGAAACGAUGCAGCGUGUGUGCAGCGUUUGCAGAGGCAGCCAAGCGCUUCUUUUGGUCUGGCACCCUCUCGGACUGCGAUCGGACUGCGAACCGUCUGACCAGCCACUUGGCACUUUUGUACGUAGGGUCCAACCUACGUAUUCGUAUCGCAG